CUCUGCUCUCCUACAGUUAAUGCUAAUAGUAAUAACCUUGCGUGCAUGGGCCACGUGACUUUCACAUGACGACAUUGCCUAUGGUAGCAGGCUUUCUACCAUCGACCACCAACAUCUGUUCCGCGCAUCUCGCUCUGCUAGGCUCUCAAGGCAAGUGUACAUUUUCGUAGUGAAAGACAUAACCAGCCGUACUAAUUGGCCUGUUGUUCCAGAUGGCACCUCAUGAUAAUGCAUCCGCUGACAAGGAAAACACGGAAGCAGCUACAAGCCCCCACCCCUCGGUUGCUACGCAUGCAGCGCGCGCUAAAAAGGUCCAUGUUAUUUCCUCUGACUCUGAGGACAGUACGGUAGCAGAAAAUGGUCCUAGACGUGUCCGGCGCAAAGGAACCUCACCCAAGAAGAAAUCCAAGAAGAAGACGGUAGCGCCUCCAUCUGACUACGAGAAUGACGAACCCUCUCCAAAAAAGACGAAGCGCAAGGUAAAGGCUUCUGCCGCCUCGACAUCUGUGGAUCCUCCAGCGCCUCCCCCUUCCAAGAAUCCUCCGAAAGUGAUCACCAAGCCUGCAGCAGACUUGGCCACUAAGGCGAUGGCACAGCUUGCUAUCAAUCUUUCGAUUGACUCAGCGAGGAAGGAAUCAGAUCUACGGAAGCGUGCUGAGGCUGAACAGCAGACGGCCCAGUACCAGGCAGUCGCCCUGGAGAGAGCCGUUGUCUACGCUGAAAGGCGCCUCCAAGCGUUACAGAUAGCAAAAGAUUUGAACCUUGAUCCAAAGCUUGUCGGUCUUCCUGCCGACCCCCUCACUAUCUCUCCACCCAACGAUACGACCGGCAAGAAUUCAGCUCCCGCAGCAGUCAGUACAUCCCAUACUACUCCACCUGUUCGUCCUGCACCCACCUCCACUAUGCCAUCCGCUUAUUCUGGACCUAGCGGAAGUCUAUCGGCAUCUACUUCGUCAUCGAUAGGACCACAGACACCAGUAGUUGUUCCAACGUCAUACUCGGCAGGCUUCGGUACCUUUACGCCAGUCACACCAUUUGGAGCGCAAGGAGCAUUUGCCCCUUCUUUUUCGAAUAUUCCCUUCGCUGGAUUUCCAGCGACUCCGUUUGCUCAGUCAGCGUCUUUUGCUCAGCCGCAUCCCUUUGUGCAAGGACUUGCAGUUCCGAGUGCUCCCGUUCCAGGACCCGAAGUCACCAUGAGCGAUGGCUAGAUGCCCUAGCACUUGCACGUAUAGAAACUCGAUAGACAUCAUAACGCUUUUUUUCCCUUUGUAAUCCCAGCCAACGGACGUCGCACAGAUUCACUUGUAAUUAUAGCUUACAGACCUUUCCACCAUACAAUAUUGCAUGUAGACCCUGGCAUUCCAUACACCGAUGUAAAUUCAUACGCGAACAAUGUGUAUUACGAUGAUGACGAUA